CGGGUGAGGUGAUUGGGUGAUUGGCCGGCCAGGGUGGAUGGACAUGUGGAUGCAACGAUGCGAAGAUCUUGAUGGGAGCGGCGACGGACGGUGAUCAGGACGAUGGACGGUGAUUACGAUGGUGGUCGGUUGGAGUUGCAUCCUAUAUUCACAAGCAUCCUAUAUUCACAAGCAUCGGAUAUCCACUGUCCUCAAUCCGCAAUCACCCACAUCCUUGGCCACUCCCAGCCCGAAACAGACCCGAUGCAGACCCCCAGUAUCGGCGACCCCACCGCCUGGUCCUUCGCAACCCCGCCUGCUGUCCUCGCCGACGACCCAGCCGUCCCGCUGCUGCCCACAGCCGAGAGAAAGAAGCGGCCUUACACCAAACGACAGAGCAGCACCUCGGGAACCCCAACUCCAACCUCCAAGCGCCUCAAGACCGAAGACGGAUCACUAGACCCGCAUCUGGACGCUCGAUCAAUGGCCCCGACGCCGACAAAACCAAAGUCCAAGGACACCCCCCGAGGCGGCCGCAAGUCCAAGAUCACCCUCGAACGUGAGCACGCCAACGCCUUUAUUCAGAGAAAGAUCAUGAUCCUCAAGAUCCAAUACCAGCACAUCCGAAUGGAGAACGAGCUCUUGGAGGACGAGUAUCUGGCUGCCCGGAGGCUCGAGCGAAAUCUCAAGAUCGAAAAGAACAUCAUCCUCGAUAACCUGAUGCAGCAAAAGAAAAAGCCCAAAUAACACACCCAGUUCCCUCAGCGCGGCCUGCUGCUGCUCACGGCGCUCCGCCAUGCACAUCUCAAUAGAAUCGUUUAUAUCCGAGCUUGCGUCGCUGCGGGC